AAUUAAUUAAAAUUUUUGAACCCUUUGACCACGCAACUGAAGAAUUUAGUGCCGAGAAUUAUCCUACUUUAUCAGUCGUCUAUCCCAUUAUUGAAGUUCUAAAGUUUAAAUUUGCGAUAGAUCCGAAUUUACCAUUGAUUGAAGAUAGUAUUGAUAAAGAAGAUA